AUGCCGCCGCCCAAUCCAAGAGUUGCCAAAGCCUUUCAUGCUAUGAGGGAUCUCGGCAUUUCAGAAGAAAAAGUGAAACCGGUGUUGAAAAAACUUCUUAAAUUGUAUGAUAAGAAUUGGGAACUGAUCGAAGAAGAAAAUUAUAGAGCUCUUGCUGACAAUAUAUUUGAGACUGAAGAAGCAGAGGUGGAGGAACAUAAGAAAAAAUUGGACAAUAUUGAGCGAGAAAAAAAAGAUUUGGAGGAUGAAACUCAGGUGCAUGAUGAGAUUGAACGCCCUUUAAAAAGGUUGCGGUUAAGGCACCAAGAAGGACAAGCUUCACCUUCUCUGAGUAACUCUGGCCCCGGCUUUGAUGGAACUGCAAUAAAGAAACCUAAAGUGGAAGAUAAUGACCUACCUGAAAGUCGUCCCAAAGAUCAGUUACCAAAUAUAACUGAAUCACCUCAGCUUAAUACAGGAAAUGUGAGGAUUGAAUCUCAACCCGUGUCGCCCCAGCCACUUGGCAGGAACAAAGGAAAGCAACCUGUUUCGCCCAAGUCUUUGUCUGUGCAAGAAGGAUCUGAUUCACCACUGAUAGGUGCUGCUGACAGAACUCAGGCAGCUGUCAUGAAGAGAAUUGAUUCUAAUCCAAUCUCUUCUCCGAUGCGUCUCAGAGACAGGGGAAAGGGACCUCUCUCACCUCAAAUUAAUUCCAGGGAGAAGAGGCCAAUUGCUGAUAAGUCAUCCCAUGCAGUGGUCUUUAAAGAGCCAAAGGUUGAGCCUGUUGUUCGUUUACCUAGACAGAAGAUGCCUCAAACUCAUGCUUUGAUCAAGCCUAAAGAGGAGCCAUCUACAGAUGACGUGCCACAGUUUGAGGUUCCUCUUGCAGUGAUCCAUCCGGAGUCAUUAAAUGAAGGAGAUUCUUCAUUAGAGAAUGGUCCACUCAGAGAACAACGUGAUCCAGCACCUCUAGCUUCUUUAAUUGAAAACAGGGAAGAUAGAACUGAUGGUGUGCUGGCAUCAUCAAAUGAAACAAGAUCCAAUUGUGAGCUUGCAACAAUCCUUGAUGAAUCCUCCGCAAGCUUAGAAAUUUCUUCUUCACCCGUUGGAGAAGUGAAAAUCUCUCUGAUUCGUACUUCUGCUGCUGGAAGACCUGACUUCCGUAUGCCGAGCUUAGAUGCAGUUCUGAAAUUGAUGGAGGACAAAUGCCUGAGACCAUACAAAGUCCUCGACCCAAAUUUUUCUGUAACAAAAAUAAUGGAGGAUAUGUGUGUGUGCACUUGGGAACUAGGGACUGUCUCCAGUAAUGAAUCGCAAGAAACAGUGAUUGAGACACCAACUAUGGAUUUGAUGAAAAAAUCUGGUGCAGCAGAUGCUUUUGGUGCUGGAGGCAUGCCAUCUAACCUGUCAAAUGGGCCAGUCAAUAUUCCAUGUAACGCUAAGAGGGCUUUGCCUCAAAUUCCUAGGCUUCCUCCUCCUUGCAAUGGUUUGGAUGACCACAUACAACCUGAUAAGCGUAUUAGUAGCAAUGAUGGUGUAUCUGAGUACGAAAAGGAUCAUGAAGACCUGGUUCAUAUGAAUUCCCAGAGUGUGGUGGUGGUUCAGAAACUUCAGCUUACUCCUAAUGAUAGAAGGGCUCUCCAUGAUGCUAAUGAUAUUGCCAAAGGACAAGAAAGAAUUUCAAUCUCAUUGGCUAAUGAAGUCAACAGUGAGUGUCCACCAUCCUUUCACUACAUUCCCCAAAAUGUAGUUUUUCAAAAUGCUUAUGUGAAUUUCGCUCUGGCGCGUAUUGGAGAUAAUAAUUGUUGUUCUACUUGUUUUGGUGAUUGUCUCUCAUCAUCCACACUGUGUGCAUGUGCACAUGAGACGGGGGGUGAUUUUGUAUACACAACGGAAGGCCUUGUCAAGGAGGAAUUUCUAGAUGAGUGUAUUUCUAUGAAUCGUGAUCCUCAAAAGCACUGCCUCUAUUAUUGUAAGGAAUGUCCACUGGAAAGAUCAAAAAAUGAGGAUAUUUUAGAACCAUGCAAAGGGCAUUUAGUGAGGAGGUUCAUCAAAGAAUGUUGGUGGAAAUGUGGCUGCAAUAAACAAUGUGGCAAUCGAGUUGUACAGCGGGGCAUAAAUUGCAAAUUGCAGGUGUUCAUGACACCUGGAGGAAAGGGUUGGGGUCUUCGUACUCUAGAGGAGCUACCAAAAGGGGCAUUUGUCUGUGAAUAUGUUGGAGAAGUGUUGACCAAUUCAGAGCUGUAUGAUCGAGUUUCACGAAGCCCCAGUAGUGAGGCACACUCGUAUCCUGUAUUGCUUGAUGCUGAUUGGUGUUCAGAAGGAGUCUUAAAAGACGAAGAAGCUCUCUGUUUGGAUGCAACAUAUUAUGGGAAUGUUGCAAGGUUCAUUAAUCACAGAUGCUUUGAUUCAAACUUGGUUGAGAUCCCUGUAGAGGUGGAGACCCCUGAUCACCACUAUUAUCACCUUGCUUUCUUCACUACAAGAAAGGUAGAAGCCUUGGAGGAGCUCACUUGGGUAAGUAGGUUAGGGAUUUAUUAG